AUGCCUUCGAAAGUGAUUGUGAUGCAAGAAUCUGCUCCUGUAUUGUGUAGAGGCAGCCAAGGGCAGUUUCCACUUACGCAGAACGUCACAGUUGUUGAAGGGGGAACAGCAAAUUUGACCUGCAGGGUCGAUCAAAAUGAUAACACCUCCCUCCAGUGGUCAAAUCCAGCUCAACAGACACUGUACUUCGAUGACAAGAAAGCUCUGAGGGACAAUAGAAUUGAGCUGGUCCGAGCUUCAUGGCAUGAACUGAGUAUCAGUGUCAGUGAUGUGUCUCUGUCGGAUGAAGGGCAGUACACCUGCUCUCUAUUUACUAUGCCUGUCAAAACUUCCAAGGCUUUUCUUACCGUUCUCGGUGUUCCUGAGAAGCCACAAAUUACUGGAUUUACCUCACCAGUUAUGGAGGGAGAGAGGAUGCAGCUAACUUGCAAGACAUCUGGUAGUAAACCAGCAGCCGAUAUCAGAUGGUUCAAGAACGACAAAGAAGUUAAAGACGUGAAAUACUUAAAAGAAGAAGAUGCAAAUCGUAAAACAUUCACAGUCAGCAGCACGCUGGAUUUCCUAGCAGAUCGCAGUGAUGAUGGUGCAGUUGUAAGUUGCAGAGUAGAUCAUGAGUCCCUAAACUCUACACCUCAGAUAGCAAUGCAGGUUCUAGAAAUACACUAUACACCUUUAGUUAAAAUCAUUUCUUCCAAUUCAUGGCCUGAAGAAGGACAAUCUAUAAUUUUGACUUGUGAAUCCAAAGGAAAACCAGUGCCAGAACCAGUACUGUGGACAAAGGACGGUGGAGAACUACCAGAUCCAGAGAGAAUGGUUGUUAACGGCAGAGUCCUAAGCAUCAGUUUCCUAAACAAAACAGACAAUGGCACAUACCGAUGUGAAGCAAAAAAUCCUAUUGGCCGAAACAGCACAGAAUAUGUCCUGAUAGUACAUGAUCCAAAUGCUUUGGCUGGACAGACCGGACCUGACCAUGCUCUUAUAGGAGGAAUAGUGGCUGUAGUUGUCUUUGUAACACUAUGUUCUAUAAUUCUCCUUGGUCGAUACCUGGCAAGACAUAAAGGAACAUAUUUAACAAAUGAAGCAAAGGGAGCUGAAGACGCACCUGAUGCCGACACAGCCAUUAUCAAUGCAGAAGGCAGCCAAGUCAAUGCAGAGGAGAAAAAAGAGUAUUUCAUUUAGAUGCAAAGCUAGAAUCUUGGAGUUUUGCUUAUCAGGCUGACUGCUGGAGAAAACUGGCUAUCAUUUCUCAGAAUUCAUUCCUGCCAUCUUCUGCUAUCUUUAUUAACUCACAUAAGUAGCCAGUUUAUGCCAACAGUCAGCUGUUGACAUCAUCAUUCUAUAAUUACAGUAUCAUGCGUAAAGCAGGACAUUUCUUAUUGCCUAAAAUUCAUAUCCACUGCUCUCUUAACAUACAGUGCUUGAAUAUACAGCCUUAACAAUGUUAAUCAUCAUCUUAAUCCAAGUUUUCUACAUUUUUAAAUGUUAUGCAGCUUUCUUCUUUUUCAGUUUUCUUUUAUCAUGUCCCCACUAGUGUGUCAUAGAACAAUAUUCAUAACAAAUACUAUUAGGUGAGGACGUAAUUUACUUACAUAAAAUGUUAAGUCUAAGAUUAGAGGUUUACAAAGAAUGUUUUAUACAUGUCUAUCUAAAAUUCAAAAAGCAACUUGUUUUUGAAACAUAUGCCCUAGGAAACACAAGCUGAAAUCUUUUUGGUAUAGUUUCUUGUAUGCUUGGAUUUGGUGGGAAAAAGCUAUCCACUGAAUUUUUUAUUUUGUUUUGCUUUGUUUUGUUAUGUUUUAAAUGGUACCUUGACAACAGUGCCAUGUUUCAGUGGUAAAAACAUGCUGAAUAGCUAUACAGAUUCUGCAAAGUUAGAUAAUAGUGCUUCAUUUGAAACAAAUUUGUCCUGCCCUUUUACUGCUUUUUGGGAUCGCAAAAUUAGAGAACUUGCUGAGUAAUUUCUGGGUUUAUAAUUUAUUAGCUUCACAUGAACUCACCUGCCUACUCAAAUUAGAAGUGUUCAUGGGGCACAACUGCAAGGCAUUUUAGUAUCUGUAUAUAGUGCAUAUAACAAAUUCAAUUAAACAUUAUUUGAUACAUAUUUAACUUUUUUGGCAGUAGCUAAGUCAGUCACAAGUAAGCAUUUUCUAAUGUCCAUUAUAUCCCUUUAGAUAUGACUCAAAUCAAUAUUCUGAGUAGAUAACAUGUAUUAGUAUUUUUUUGUCUGUAUGUCCUAGCACUGUUCAGCAGCAAACUUUUCUAGUUCUUGUUAAUUUUUUCUUUGUUAUACAAUGGAAGCACAAUGUUAUAUGGAAAGGUAGUUUUAAGCUAACAACCAGUGCACAGCCUCAGGUUUUAAAUUACAACCACAUUUGAUUACUAUCCUUAAAAAUACUAUUGAGUUGCUAAAAUUCUCAAUUUUUAAUUUGGCAGUUCCAGAGCUGCUUCUUUAUGUUGGUUUGCCAAAAAAAAAAAAAAAGAAAAAAAAAAAAAGAAAAAAUAGAAGUGUUAAAACAAAAGAUAUAUGUUUUGUGUAUACAGUAAAUGGACUAAUUCUUUAUAUUAAAUUCCUGUCUAUGCAUUUUGUGAGGUACAAACUUAUGUCACCGUGAAUGAUAGAGAAUUCCUGCCAUGCUUUUAGCUCCACAGUGAAAGUCUCUGUUUGGAUUAUUUCUGAAAUUUUUUGUGUAAUUGACAGCUGAAAAAUCACACGCUCUUAAAUAUGGCAACAAAACACUGUAAGCCCAUUGGCUUAUUUCCUCUUCCAAUGAAAUAAAAAGGUUGCUAUAACAGCUCUCGGAAAUGAUUCUACACUGGAGAACGCAAGUUAGUCUAGCUGGAGCUUGUCUUGCUCCUAAGUUUUGCACCUUUGACAAAAGAGUAUUUCUCUCUGAUUGCUGUACUUGUGAAGCCUAAAAGCAUGAUGGUCUGCUGUAAAGGACUUUCUCCUGGGAUUUUAUUUUUGUGUGGGGAAGGGAGAGUUUGGAAUAUGACAUCAUGUAGUAUGGUAAAAUGGAAGAUAAAGGUGCUGUGUCAGAUUAUUUAUCAGAAGAGUAUAAACCUUUUAAGAACAAUAUUAGAGUAUUUUAAUUGUUUUUGUUGAAGCAUUUAUCUUGUUAAUUUCUAAGAAAGAAGGGUGACGUCAAUCAAAGCAGCACUUUUUUUCAAAAUAUACAGACAUAAAUAAUAUGAUGUGGUUGAGUGUUAACAUAAUAAAUCAUAUACAGUAUGACAUUUUAAAGAAA